AUGGAAUCUCGACUCUAUUUGCGUCGAAUUAUGUGCAAUUCGAUGCAAUUCGGCGGAACGGCUUCGUUGACGGACGAGGAGAAGCGACGGACUAUCAUUUCAUUACAAGGCGGCAAAACGUUCGGACGUGGCUCGAAGAACGACGUCAUGUUUGUGGAUGGAGCUGAUGGUUCGGACGAUGCUCUCAAAUCCCCCCAAUACAUAUCGAGAAUCCACGCACGCGUCGAACACACCUCCGACGACGACAAUUUCGAGCAGUACUUCCUGUAUGAUUCCUCAGAAAACGGGACUUAUAUCAACGACAAGAAGUUAGAGAAAAAUAAGAAGCACACCAUAUCGAUCGGAGAGUCGAUCAAAUUCGGACAUCGGAACGGUUCACAACACGUCGCUGGUGAGACUUACGAUCAACCAAACGCCCAGUUCGCGUUCAUCGUCGAAAUGGUCUCGAAUCGAGAUCCACUUUUCGAGGAACUCGGAAAAAUGGGCGCGACGAAGGUUAAAGUGCUCACAGAGAGUGCUGUGACGAGAGUGAUGACUGGAGACACGAGAGAACCGUCACCAGUGAAUGGAGGAGGUUGCCCAGAAAAUGGAAUUCCCUCUUCAUCGUCUGCAGCAGUUCCUCCUCUUCCUGCUCCAGUUCCUGUUCACCCCUACAACGGAAUCACGAUUCCGGGACAGAUGCCGAGCACCUCUAGAACCAUCAACAUCCCAUUAAUCCCAAAACGUGCUCCACACGACGCGCGAUUCGACGACCCACUCACUUGUUACGUCCUCAAUGCCAACCGAUACAAUCCGAAGUAUACGGAAGCCGUGACAGCGCAAUCGAUGAGAUUCCAGCUGAGACUGCCCGCGUUGCGAGCGGUGAAGGAUAUUCUGGGAAAUUUCUUGGAUGUACACGUGGCAUACGAAGAUAUGAAGUCGAAACAGCAGAAGAUUGCGGUUAUUGAUAACUUCUGUAAGACGAAUCAUCAAAAAGAGGGUAUCCAAAUACUGCAUUGCCAAAUGGACGGAUUGGCGGAUCUUUUGAUUGAAGACGAGAAGAAAACUGAUGAACUUCGAGAUCUUUUAGUCAAAUUGAGCACAAAACCGAAGGAGCCGAUACCAUCUGAAAAUAGUGCAUUUGAGAGGACGUAUCCUCAACCGGGGCAAAUCUUCCGUCCUGUGGCUAUCCAUCCGGAGCAUAGUGAGACGGAUUAUGUGAACUAUUUGCGAUUCAUCGCGAUCGCAGAAGCGCAGGCGAGAGAACUCGCUAGACGGCGAUCGGAGAUUCGGGAAUCUGAACUCAAGAUGAGAAUUGAGAUUCCGAUUUCAGAUCUCAUUUUGAAUGGAAUUGAUAUUGGAAGAUAUCGACAGUUUCCGUAUCCACCGUAUCCGUUAUUCUGGGGAAACUACUUGUCGCCAUUCCGACAGUUGGAAAUGUGUCCGAUUGUGGCCCCCACAGUCUCAGUUAUCACUACGGCACCGAGAGCAGCGGAGCCCGCAGAGCCAGUUGCUCCUGCUGUACAAGACGUUGCUGACGUUGCUCCACCUACACCAAGACCUACGCCAAGACGAAUGGAUCCAGCAGAAGUUGACGAGGAGAGACACUCGGCUAGCUCUGGAUCGACGACUGAAAAUAGCUUCCGUCAGCGUACCGAUUCAGUGGAGAGCGAAAUUGUCGACGUAGUGAGCACCGAUGACGAUAAGACGGCGAAGGAUGAAGAGCAAGAGGAGAAGGGCGGUACGGAGACGGACACGCCUACACCGUCGCCAGAAGAUUCUGAAGCGAAUGUGGAGGAGGAUCCACGCAAGAGCUCGACACCAAGAAUCGAUGCGCAAUCGACGUCUUCUGCAGUGGUAUCCGCGUUGCCAACUCCAAUGAGCUCUCCGGUGCCAAAGGUGAAGACUCAGAAGGCGUCAGCUCCAGAAGCCGCGUCUCCAGAAGUCACCGCUCCAAUCCACGUGGAAACUGCAGCGCCAGCGACACCUUCUACUUCAUCACCGAAGAUCGCGACACCGAAGGCUCCAAUGAUUGCUUCCCCUGAGAAGGAACCGUCACCGGAUUCAGAUGAGCCAUCGACGUCUUCUAAACCAGUCGAUGAGAAGAAGAUCAAGACGAAAUCUGCAGUGCCUUCUACUUCAACGUCAAUGCCUUCCACUUCAGAUGCCUCAAAAACGAAGCAGAAGGAGGCGACAGGACCAUCUCGUAGAAUGAAGCAACUCGACGAGUCGUCGGCGGAUUCUGAAUCAGAAGACGAUGACAAGUCGAAGCGACUGAAGAAGGUCAGAAGAUCCACACGGACCGCCAAAGCGUCGUCGCCGAUUCCAGCAAAACGGAAGAAGGUCGCAGAUGAUGAUAUGGAUGAAGGAUCGGAAGAAGUUCAGGAUGAGAGCAAGGCGACGCCACGUGGAAACGGAAAUGCUGUGAGACGGAAGACUCUGAAACGCGCCAACGCUGAGGAGCAGAAGCCGCCGAGACGUUCGAUGAAGGAGAAAGAGAAGGUGGAGGUGGAGACCGAGGAGCCGCCGAAGAAAAAGCGUGGAAGGAAGAAGGCCGAACCAGUUGCAGUCGAAGACGAGGAGCCAGUGGAUCCGGAUAAGGAGAAGUGCGGAGUCGCCGGCACAUUCUGUUUGUGUAUCAAGUAUGAGAAGCGGAAGAAUCUUCAAUGGGUUUCCUGCUCCGACUGCAACCAAUGGUUCCACGUCUGGUGCGUCCGUCUCGACAACAUCUGCUACGGAGCCGACGACAAAUUCGCGUGUUGCGGACCGCACGCCUCACCGGAAGCCAUCGAAUGCCUCCAAGGAGACGUCCAUCGAAAAUGGUGGGCGAUGCCCGGAAAACGUCCAGUUCCACAGUCACCGGAGCCCGAAUAA